CGUUAACUUAGAAAUUUUGCAAUUAAUAUGAUUUAGUCGGAUUUGUGAAUUUUAGAUAAAUUGCUUAAACCGAUUAUUUUGUCAAAAAUUAAUUGAAUUUGAAUCGGUUUGGAUUUCGCUCGCACAAGAUUAUUGUGGACCAAACCACAAAAACAUAUUUUGCAAAAAUCUUUUUAUUUCACCAAUAAAAACCGACCAACCAACCAAGCCAGCUCGACAAAUAUGUCUGGCCAUCAAUUACAAGAAAUGACCUGUGCCCUUACCGACGAUGUCGUCGGACCCAUGAAAACAGAUGAACCAGCGCUCAUAUAUAAUAAAUCGAUUAAUCCUCACCGCAUUGUUGUAACAGCGAAUGGUAUAAAAAUAAAAUCAAACUUAAAUCCGAAUGCUAAGGAAUUCUAUCCGUCAUAUAUAAAACGAGAGCGUUUGAAGUCCGAUGAAGAGUUAUAUAAUGCAAUAAAAGAAGAAUUGGAGGGAGGAAAGGAUGAUAACAAAUUCGAAGAUAACAAUACUUCAGAGAAAGAUGUAGAAAUUAUAAUAAAGGAAUAUAAAGAAAUAUCUGCGCCAAAAAUGGGUAAAGCCAGAGUCGAAAACAUUGUACUUGAAACUUUGGAUGAAAAUUCUUGUAAUGCCGAGACCAUAGAAAGCUCUCUUGGGUUUUCACAAGUUGUCGAAAUAAUAGUCGCCGACGAAAUCAAAAGUGAUUUACCGGUAGCAGACAAAAAAAUAAAAGAUUCUAAAGGUGGCAGUAUUAAGCAAAGUGAAAGGAAAGAAGAAAAAAACUGUAAGAGUGAAGUUAGUGUAAAGGAAAAACUUCAUUUGUCGAGGAGCAGCGCCGCCACCAAAUCCAAAUUAAGAAGUUUGAAAGAUUCUAAGGAAGUUAAUUUUCCCUCCGCCAAAGCAAGCGAAGCCCAAAAUAAUAUCAAAGAAGUCACUUUAAUGAAGUGUCCAAAUAUGGAGUUACCUAGAUUUGAAGUGAACAAUGUGCCAGAAAAUAAUGAGAAGAAGUCUUCCUUUACAGCAGUAGAAGAUGGAUCAGAUCGCUCUACACCAAACAGUAUAGAUGUAGAGAGUGACGUGGCACAAUCUUUGCUAAAAGAGAGGGUAGAAGACGUAGGCGAUCACAGUCAUAAAAACGAAAGCGACACCAAUUUACAGAUUCAAAUUAAUCACUUGAGCAAAAGCCAAACAAAUAUUAAGCCCACUAUAACUAAGGAAAUUUUAGAUGGCGUGGCCCCACCAGCCAGUCCAACCGCCGACGUUUAUAGUCGCAAUGCUAAUUUAUUGGCAGACAAGCGCAAAAAUCUCAUUGUUGAUAAUUUAAAAAAACCAAAAGCCACUAAACCGAAUGCAAUAGGAACGGCAGCAAUAAAAUCGACCGGUAUUGUAGGUCUGAAGAAAGCUUCAAUCCCGGAAAGACCUAAUACCUCUAAAGAAAGCACACUGGGCGCAAUAAAUAAAGAUCGAAACCGUACAAUGGCACAAACUAAAACUAAAACUACCUCAGCAGAUACGAAGUCAGCAGUUGCGCCAGCCGCCGCAAAUAACGCCCCUGUUAGAAAUUCUUUGAAAAGUCGUCCCAGUGUUAACACCAAAUCGAAUGCAGAAUGUGUAAAAAAGGAGGGUUCCAUUACUAGCACAAAAAUAUCACCCACAACAAUUUCGAAAGACAGAAGCGGAGCGCUAACAUCCAGAGCCCCUUCACAGAGCUCCGCUCCUGGCAAAACAAUAAAUAGUUCUUUGGCUAAGAACCCGGAAAAGACGUCUAUUGCUGCUUCAACGCCCUCAUCAUUCAAAUCGAAGGAUUCUAGUCUAAAAUCAGCACGCAGUGCCGUGCCAUCAACGCUCCGUAAAACGGACACUUCAAAAGUAAAUUAACUUAAACUCAUUUUAAUCUUUGUCUUCUGUGGAUUUCGCAAAAUUUUUAAAUUUCCGGCAUUGUUGAAUAGAUUUCAAAAUUUUCUUUUUUUUGUUUUUUUUUUUUUCUUGAAUUUUCGCGUAGAGUUGAACAUAACGAAAUCCCAUUUUGAAUAUAUUAGUGAUUUUUGGAAAUUAUUGUUAAAGAAAAUGUUAAGCAUCUUUGUUCGCGUACAAAAAUUUUCGUUAUUAUUGCUUAACAUUAUAAAUUUAAGUCGUUGUCGUGACGAAUAACUUUUAUUUUGAUGUUAAAAAAAUGUU